AUGCAGUACCUUCUUGCUAGAUACAAAUACCCAAAUGUCACUUUCUUGAAUCCAAUAGGGUUGUCUGGUGGUCUUUGCCUCCUAUGGAAGGAUAAUAUUGAGUUACAGAUCAUUGAUAAAAAUUUCAAUAUGAUAAAUUUGUUAGUUAAACUUGAUAGUCAGAAUGAUAGGUCUUUAGUUACUUGCUUAUAUGGGGCCUUAAAUGAUAUUGAUAAGACUAGACAGUGGAAUCAUAUAAGGCUUAUUAAGACAACCCAUACUAACACCUUGAUAGUUAUAGGUGACCUAAACUUUAUCUUGCAUACAGAUGAAAAAGAAGGAGGUAACAUCCUCAGUCAGUCUGAGUUAGAUAACAACAACAUGAUCCUGCAUAACAACCUCUUGACAAGCAUGAAUUAUAUUAGCAACCUUUAUACCUGGACCAAUAGGAGAAAUGGGAAUGAAUUAAUCAUAGAAAGGUUAGAUAGAAUUCUCACAACUUUUGACUGGUCUAGUACUUAUCCUAAUGCAACUUUGUAUCACCUCACUGUUGUGGGUAGUGAUCACUGUCCCAUAAUGCUCCUCACCAGCAAAUUAAAGAACUCCAAUAAGAAACCCUUCAGAGUGAAUAAAGCGUGGUUUAGAGAUCCUAGUUGUACUAAUAUCAUUAAAAAGGAAUGGAAGUGUAACACUAAUGGGUCCUCUGCUUUUCAAUUAACUCAUUGCCUUAAAAAUGCUAAAGUGGGUCUUAGGCUCUGGAAUUAUCAUUAUUUUGGUAACUGCAACACUCAAAUUUCUAAUCUUGAAGCGCAACUGUCUGUUCUUACUAGUACUUCCAAUCAACAAAACAAUAAUAGAGUUAAUGAUUUAACUCAGAAACUUAAAUACUGGUAUGAUGUUGAAGCUGACUAUUGGAAGCAAAGAGGUAAGUAUGAUUCCCUUCUAAUGGAUGAUAGAAAUAAUGCUUACUUUCAUCAUAAAGCUAAUUUUAGAAGACAAAAAACUCAGGUUGAGUCUUUGCAAAAUAAUCUUGGAAUUUGGCUGAAUGAUAGAAAAGAUAUUGAAUGUGAAUUGUUAAGACACUUUAGCUCAACGAGUAGAUCUACUAAGCCACCUUGCCCUGAUCUGUUUCUUAACAAUGUUAGUGCUAGUAUAUCUGAAUCCGAUAAUGCCAUGCUAGUAGCUAUGCAUAAUGCAGAGGAUAUUAAAAAAGUUGUGUUUGACAUGAAACCAUGGACAACACCAAGACCAGAUGGUUUCCCACCAGGUUUUUAUCAGCUAAUGUGGGAAACUGUUGGCCCUGAUGUUGUUAAAAUGACUAAAGCGCAAGACGGUUGUGUAGAUAUUAAACUAGAUAUGUCAAAAGCAUUUGACAGAGUGGAAUGCAUCUUUCUCAUUGCUAGCUUGAAAAAAAUAGGUUUCGCUGAUGCUUGGUGCAGCAUGAUAGAACAGUGUAUCUCAACUGUCUCCACUUCUAUUUUGCUCAAUGGAUCUCUAGGUAAUGUGUUCUAUCCUCAAAGGGGAUUAAGACAGGGUGACCCCUUAUACCCUUACCUUUUUAUACUUUGCAUGGAAGCUUUCUCUAGAGGCCUAAGAACUGCUGAAGGUAAUAAUGAAAUUUAUGGAUUUAAAGCCACUAAGAACUGUCCUCCUAUCUCCCAUUUAUUUUUUGCUGAUGACUUCCUAAUCUUCAUAAAAGCUAGGAAUAAAGAUGCUAGGAAUUUGUCUACCUUCAUUGAUCAAUUUAGUAAAUUUUCGGGUCAGGCGAUUAAUUUUGAAAACUCUGCUCUAGCUUUUAGUCCUAAGGUCACAGCUGCUGUUAAGAAUGAGAUAGCAAAUACCCUUAGAAUUAAGAGAAUGUCCCUUAAUGAAAAAUACUUAGGAGUCCCUCUCCUCUUACAGAAAAGAAAAUAUAGUUCCUUUGUCCAUUUGCUAGACAGUUAUAGAAAUAGACUUCAUAUCUGGGAUUCUAUAUUCCUAUCCCCCCUGGGAGAACUGUCAUGA